AUGGCGCGCUCGACUAUCGUUCAAGAAUAUGAUGCGCCAUCCACAACGCUGAGCUUGGACCAAAAAUCCAACCACGAACGCCAGCUGUAUCAAGUACCCCGGCCCAAAGGGUAUCGCGUGUCAUGGCACGCCAAUCCGGCCGUAGAAGCACAUCAUUUUGGCCAGUCACAUCCCAUGAAACCAUGGCGACUCACCUUGACAAAACAGCUUGUCAUGGCAUACGGGAUGCACCACGCCAUGGACCUCUACCUCGCGCGGGCGGCAACCUACGAAGAGAUGGCUGAAUUUCACGAGGGCGACUACUUGGACUUCUUGCGCCAGGUGAUGCCGGGCGACAUGGAACGUGCCGAGCAAAGCGACAACGUGGUGCGUUUCAAUUUCGGAGACGAUUGUCCCAUCUUUGACGGCCUGUACAACUACUGCUCGUUGUACGCAGGCGGCACCGUCGAUGCGGCGCGCAAAUUGUGCAACGACCAGGCCGAGAUUGCGAUCAACUGGUCCGGUGGUUUGCAUCACGCGAAGAAGGCAGAAGCCAGUGGAUUUUGCUACGUCAAUGACAUUGUUCUCGGAAUCCUUCAAUUAUUGCGCCACCACCCCCGAGUUAUGUACAUCGAUAUUGACGUCCACCACGGCGACGGGGUUGAGCAGGCGUUCUGGUCGACAGAUCGUGUCCUGACGGUGUCUUUCCACAAGUACGACAAAGAUAACUUCUUCCCCGGAACGGGAGCGCUCGAUGACACCGGUCCUACGCAUCCCCUCAACCCGGGAGCUCAUCAUUCCAUCAAUGUUCCUCUCAACGACGGCAUCGACGACGAAUCCUACAUGCAGCUCUACCACAACGUGAUUGGUGCUUGUGUGGAGACAUACCACCCGGGUGCGAUCGUUCUACAAUGUGGAGCCGACAGUCUGGGUUGCGACCGACUGGGAUGCUUCAAUCUCAACGUACGCGCGCACGGUGCCUGUGUCGCCUUUACGAAAACCUUCGGCUUGCCCCUCCUCGUCGUCGGAGGCGGCGGUUAUACCCCGCGAAACGUGUCUCGUGCCUGGGCACACGAGACCUCCAUCCUUCUCGAGGCCGACGCUCUCCUCGAUCCCACCAUUCCCGACUCGGUGGCCUUCCGCACACACUUUGGACCAGAUUACUCGCUGUUCCCACCAUUAUCGGAGAUUCGAAAGCUGGAGAAUAAGAACUCAAAACCAUAUCUCGCAGGGCUAGUCGAAUCCGUUCACGAACAGCUGCGGUACAUCAAGGGCGCCCCAAGUGUCCAGAUGAGUUUCAUCCCGCCAGACAUCCUUGGUCUCCGCGAAGAGACUGAAAAGGAAAUCGAGGAGGAAACGGCCAUGAUGGAGGAAGAACGCGAAGAGCACUUUGGCGGAGGCUAUGCUGCAAGUACCGCCGCUGCGGCCGCGGCCGCGCGGAGCGGCCGAUUUCGUGGGGACGCCUGGCUCGGCCGGCUCAAUUGCUCGUGGCAAUCGUCGGCGCGAGCUGGAACGAGGCGCAGGAGCUCGCGGCGAGUUGUACUCAUAGCAUUCAUAGAAGUGGACCUUGUCUUUGUCUCGCUGUUGAUUUGCCACUUGAAAUUUCUUCCGGUUUGGAAAAACACAGGGUGUUGGGGAGUUUGGUGGAGCUCGGUGUUUGGGGGAAAGAGGUUCCCUACCUACUUUGACUGUGAGGUUCUUUUUUUUAAAGCUUGCUGGCAUGCUUGUUUAAUCGACCCGGAUGUCCAGCUUACUAUCAUUCUGGGUCGGGUGCUCUUCGAUGAUUGUGUCUGA